AUGAAUUCUGCAUCACUCACCAACAUUUCCACUAUCUAUCCUCACGUUCGACGCGAAGACAUGAACAAUGUAUCGCUUCAGCCGAUGUUUGUUACUAUCUUUUUUCCGGGUAGCUUUCCAAGACAGGCGAUUCAAGGAGAUAUUCCAAUUAGAAUAUCAGUUUCUAUUGCUGAAGAGUAUGGAUCAUUUACGACGCCCGUCAUAGAGGUGGCACCGAUGGAUUUACACCAUUGUGGUAGUUCAAUACACUGUUCAGAUAAUGUGAGUACCGCAAAGAUUAUCCUGAAAUACUUACAUGCCGAGUUGGAGAAGUUCUCUCAAGAUAUGUUCUAUGAUGACAAAGUCUCCAUCCCGUUCCUUCCGCUCCCACCUACAUUCAACUAUUUCAAUCGAACCGACUGGCAGAUAGUCUCACAGAAGAUUCAAGAAUGGCUCACCAGCGAGGUCGACACAAAGUCCUCAUUGUGGACAUGGGGACGUGACGCAUUCUGGCUAACGUUUGUCGCAGCAUAUCCAUCCUUCCCAACCGGCCAGUGGCCCAUGUGGGACCCUCGCAUUCCUUUGGAGGGAGAAUUCAUUGAGCAAUGGUUGAAGUGGUCUGGUGAUGACAGUGCUGGGGAGGAUUCAGCCAUUGACGAAGGCUUGGUAUCAGUGAGUGAUAUCUGGGAAGAUUUUUGUAAACAUAUGGCGCUCUUCUACCCAUUUUCCCUCCUCUCUUCAGACUGA